CUCCCCCUUCCCGUCCCCACUGCCCCUCCUUCACCCCUCCCCUCUCUCUAUUCCCCCUCACCUCAUUUUUCCUUCCCUCCUCUCUCUCUUACCCCCUCCCUCUGCCCGCUCCAUCUCCCUCGUCCCUACUGCCCGGACGUGUUGUUUCCUCUCCGGCCGAGUUAUGGAGACGGAGUGACGUGUUUGGGGGCGGACGGGUUCCGCAUUCCCCCCGCUGUCGGCCCAGGCCGGACGAUGGAGGGAGCGGGUCCGCGGGAGCGACGGCCAAGCGGGAGCCGGGAUCGGGACCGGCCGGGAGUCCGUGGGCGGCGGACGGUGGUGGGGAGCGGUCUGGCAGCCUCCCCGACCCGACCCGAAACCUGUUGUUUACUGCAGAUGCUGCCCGUGGAAUCAGGACGUUCACUGGUGACUGGAACCCUUCCCACGCUCAGCACGUUAACUGGCUUUCCCAUCGACACGCUCAGCACGUUAACUGGCUUAACGCCGGGAAGUAAGGGGUUGAAGCUGGGUGACCUGUGUCAGGUCCCAGCAGUGAUCUCGCCCCUGCAAUGCCUGGCCCUCCACUACAACAGGCAGCCACAUGCGCUCAAGUCAGAGGACGACCAGGAGGAGGACGAGCGGCGCAGACGGCGGCGCGAGAAGAACAAGGUGGCGGCAGCACGGUGUCGCAACAAGAAGCGGGAGCGAACCGAGUUCCUGCAGAAGGAGUCCGAGCGGCUCGAGAUGAUGAACGGGCAGCUGAAAACACAGAUCGAGGAGCUAAAACGGGAGAGACAAGAACUGAUUCAUCUGCUGAACCUGCACCGGCCCACAUGUAUCGUCAGGACAGACAGUGUCCGGAGCCCCGACACACUCCUCACACAGUGACUAACCUGUAGUGGCAACAGCCUACCUACCAGCUCCCUACUGCUGCCUAGCGCUGGCCGCUGGGUUAAUGAGCUGCUCUGUGAGAGAUGCUGGCCACGCUGACCCCUGCUCCCUGAGACCCCGACUGCAGAGGCCAGGAUAGGCCGUACACUCAGGGCUAAGCAACAGCAUCUCAGAUCCACAGAGAGAUACUAGGCCUGGGUAGUGACCCCUGGCGGAGGAUCCAGUGAGAUAUACUUGUCCCUCUGGGUAGUGAACCUGGUCCCCUGGUGGAGGAGCUGGGUAGUGUCGCUGGUCCCCUGGUGGAGGAGCUGGGUAGUCAACCUGGUCCCCUGGUGGAGGCGCCGGGUAGUGUCG